GCUUCCGUUUUGAGUGUGAAUAGCGUGCGCCCGCGUCUAAAUGUAAUUAUUGUUUAAAAUUGAAAAUUGUUUGUGAUAAAGGAAGAUUAAAAUUCGAAAUUCGAUAUUGGUGACUAACCCAUAGUUUUAAAUACCCCUGAGAUCUACCCCUCACUAUAACAUAAAUAUAAUCUCAGUUUACUGAGAAUUUUUAUAUUAAAUUAAAUUAAUUUAUAUUAAAUAUAAUCUCAGUAAACUGAGAUUAGUUUAAUUUUUGAUCUACAUAAAAAAUAAUUAGACAGUAUACAGUAAACGCACUUGUUUACAAAACGCUAGUAAAUACGGCCAUUGCCAGUUGACUGACAAAACCGGCGCAUGCGCAAUGUAGGCGUGAGGUGAUGGUUUAUUUAUUAGAUAUAAAAUAAUUCAUAAUUGGGAAUUUAGUUGUUUUUAUGAUCGAACAAUCACGAAUAGUCGUCAAACAAAUGAUAAUUGAUCAAAAUUAAUUAAUCUGAGGGAUAAAAAUAAAGAUAUCUAGUAAAAGGAGCCGACUUAAGGGUGAUCAUUUGUUUAAUUAAUUAUAAAUAAAAAACAAAAUGUGUGCAAUUCACACGUGGUAGAAGUGAAACCUUCCAAAAUUAAAAUACAAUUAUCCUAAACGUCUUAAGUAUAUGUAAAGUUUUGUCAUUAGUAAAUAAUUGUAAGGUAGCGCCCUCUGUGAAUUGAUAUUUUAAUUUCACGUAUAAUUCUAAAUUAAAAUUCACUACAAGAGCUUUCAUACACACGUUAGUAUUAAAAAAUCUCACAGAUGGCGCUGUAUUAAAUAGUAUGUAUAUUUCUGUCUCAUUCUUUGCUGGCUUCAUCCUACACAUUUUUGUAUUUGUGUCUCUUACCUGUCGUUUUUUCCGUUGCAUCCGGUUUGAAAUCACAACGAUUCUAAAGAAGUUUUCACUUCAAUAAAAGACGAAAAAACAAUUUUUACAUUCGAAUAUUAACGAACAAACAACGAACAAAUAAUUAAAAAUUAAAAAAAACCGAAAAUCAAAAAAUGUGGGGCCAAAUUCAGUGAGCCAUCAAUGGACCACCCUCAAUAGUAAUUAAAUGUAUUAUCUAUGGACCACAGCCACAGAUCAACAAGAGGAACAACGAUUAAUCUAUGAUGUAACCAGCUGAUUUAAAUCUUGGUACCUAUGUACCUACCUAUUUAUUCUUAAAAAUAAAUAUCUACAAAUAAAAUUAUAGGUUAUGAUUAAGUUUUCUAUAGUUCGUAUAAUAAACAUGAUUUUAUGACUUUAGUGCUAUAAUAUAAAUUGAAAAUGUCGUUACUUAAGACGAACGUUAUAACUAGUGUUAAAUAUCUAAGAAGUUUCUCAGUUUUGUGUAGGAAAAGUAAUCAGGAUCAUCAUCUUAAAAAGUGUCCUAUACUAUUUAAUACUCAACGAUGGCUAUUUUGGGAAAGACAUAGAAAAGGAGGCUACGAUACAACGAUUAAAACGUCGAAUUGGGAACAUUUAAAAAAUGGUUUGGUAGAGCUGAAACAUGAAUUGAAGUUGUUUGCUAAAGAACUCAAAGAAUUAUAUGAUAUGGAUCCUCUUCUGAUUGCGAGGCCCGGUGAGAUCGAUCUUUUGUGGUGUUUCAAUAGUCCUACAGUUCUAGAAAAAUUCGUCACAACAUGCGAUAGUGACCAUGGCGAAGGUUACAGUUCUUGUAACCUGGAAAUGAGUCCAGCUGGACGAGCUCUCUUCCACGGUUAUCUUGACACGAGAGUACCAAAGGACGGUCGCAUCAAAAAAGCCGGAUACUGCGCUAUGAGAUCGAAAAUGCAAAGGAAAUCAUUCAAAAGAGCGUCCACGUUUGAUUGGCAUCUGUAUAACACUUUAGUUUUAAAGGUCAGAGGCGACGGGAGAGCUUAUUUACUUAACAUCUCUACGGAGGGCUACUACGACAUAACUUGGAACGAUAUUUACCAUUAUAUUCUGUAUACGAGAGGCGGACCGUACUGGCAAGUUGCGAAGAUUCCAUUCUCGAAGUUCGUUUUGGGAUCAAAAGGCCGUUUGCAAGACAAACAAACGAGAAUGCGUUUCGACAAAGUAACUCACUUCGGUAUAUCUUGCGGAGACAAGAUAGUUGGUAAAUUUAAUCUAGAAAUAGAGUACGUAGGUUUAGAAUUCGAUCCAACACACGAUGAAGAAUUUGCCUACGAAAUGUACAAAACGGAUAAAUACAUUGUUGCUGUCUAGACAAUCUCGCUGUAAUAAUUAGUUGAAAUAAAUUAAUAGAGAUUUAAA